GGGGUAGGGUGUUGUGAAAUGCAUCAAGUUUGCAAACUGUUGCGGUGCAAACUCAGUCGUGCGAAACGGGAUCACAGUACAAGUCCAACAGUCACUUCUUAAAAAGCUUCACACACAACAUAUUAACAAUCGCAAAUUAAAAGAAUAUAAAUUAAGAAACGAAAAAAAAAAUUAAAAAAAAAAAAAUUGAGUGGAGAUAAAAAAAAAAUGACAGCGACAAUGUCGUCAAUAAUUGUGACAUUUAAUAAUCAUUGUCUAUUUAAUUUUAUGACAUUUUUUGUCAUUAUUACAAUGACUCGUGCUCAAACACAAUUUCGAUGUCCCGAGGAGAAGGGCUUUUAUCCUGAUACAGAACAGUGCGAUUUAUAUUAUGCCUGUGUUGAUGGACAACCUGAGGAACGACUCUGUAAGGAUGGACUUGUUUUUAGGGACGAUAAUCCUAAGAAAGAUUUCUGCGAUCUUCCCGCUAAUGUUCCUUGUGGCGAUCGCACACUUCUUCAGGAGCCACAAAGUACAAAGGGUUGUCCAAGGGCAAAUGGCUAUUUUAAACACGAUGAUCCUGAAUCUUGUGAUAAAUUUAUGAAUUGCAUUGAUGGCGUUGCUACGGUAAUGUCAUGUCCACCUGGUUUAAUAUAUGAGGAUAAAAUGUCAAGUUGCGUAUGGGCACAGGAUUCAACGCGACUUUGUGAAACAUUAAAACGUGAAACAUUAGACGAUGGCUUCACAUGUCCUGAGGGUGAAGUUGCAGGACCACAGGGAAGAAUACUUCCUCAUCCAACAUAUCCACAUCCCGAAGAUUGUGCCAAAUUUUAUAUAUGUCGAAAUGGCGUUGUACCACAAAAGGGACAAUGUGAACCUGAUACUGUUUAUAAUGAAGAAAGUUUCAGGUGCACCGAACCUGAAUUAGUUCAAGGAUGCGAGGAUUACUACAACAAGAGAAAUUGAGUUACAUAGUUACAGCAGGUGCCAGCUUUGCGAUAUAUAACGCUUAACUUUUACCCAUAAGAAUAAUAAAAGUAGUUUUUACAAUUAUAUAAGAUGCACUACUUGCUCUUUGUUGUGAAUGAUUUUUUUUUCUUUUUUUUUAUCAGUGAAAAAUACAUUUCCUUUUAUGUAAGAAAAUAUUA